CUUACGCAGAGCUUACACCUGAGAAGCAGAUAAGCAGAUUACUCCAGAAACAGACACUGCUUCGUGUUCUUCAUAAAUCCGCACCCUCGUAAAGGUAAACCAAGAAGGUUAUCCUCACUCAACUUGCAUCAGUAUUUAAUUCUUUCCCAUAUUUCUGUCCUUUUCUGUUUCAAUGAGAUUUGGGGCCCUUCCAUGAUUGUUACCAGAUUUACCAAUGCACAAAAGUCAGAAUGUAUUUGGAAACCAGAAGGGCUAUUUUUGUUAUUUGGAUUUUUCUCCAAGUUCAAGGAAACAAAGAUCUCUCCAUUAAAAUGUACCAUUCUGAAACUAAAGACAUAGACAAUGCCCCAAGAAUCGAAACAGCUGAAAGUCCUGCAAAAAUGUAUAAAGUGUCAACCAUGAGACGAGUAUUCGAUUUGGCAAAGUAUCGAACAAAAAGAUCAGCAUUUUUUCCAACUGGGGUUAAAGUCUGUCCACAGGAAUCCAUGAAACAGAUUCUAGCCAGCCUUCAAGCUUAUUACAGAUUGAGAGUGUGCCAGGAAGCAGUGUGGGAAGCCUAUCGGAUCUUUCUGGAUCGCAUCCCCGACACAGGGGAAUACCAGGACUGGGUCAGCACCUGCCAGCAGGAGAUUUUCUGCCUCUUUGACAUUGGGAAAAAUUUCAGCAACUCCCAGGAGCACCUGGAUCUUCUUCAGCAGAGAAUAAAACAGAGUAACUUCCCUGAGAGAAAAGAUGAAAUAUCCACAGACGAGAUAUUAGGAGAGCCUGGUAAAACCCCCGUGUUUUCAACAGAUGUUGCCGAUGUCUCACUCAGGCCCUUCCCUCUCACUCCUGAGGACACACUCCUCAAUGACACCAAGAUGCCUACAACAGAAAGAGAAAUGGAAUCCUCUGAGGUGUCCGAGGGCCCACCAGAGCAGAAGGUGGGGCUGAGCAUCUCCCUGGCAAACCAGAAGUUCAAGGCAGAGCUCGCUGAUGCCCACUCCCCAUAUUACCAGGAGCUGGCAGCAAAGUCUCAACUCCAGAUGCAAAAGGUAUUUAAGAAACUUCCAGGAUUCAAAGAAAUUCAUGUGUUAGGAUUUAGACCAAAGAAAGAAAGAGAUGGUUCAAGCUCCAUAGAGGUGCGACUUAUGGCCAUCUUUAAAAGAGACAGUGCAGAAGCAAAAAGUCCUGCAAGUGACCUGCUGUCUUUUGAUUCCAACAAAAUUGAAAGUGAAGGAGUCCUUUAUGGGAUGACAGAGGACAAGCAACAAGAAACCUAUCUCACAGCUUUAGACCUCAAAAAGCUGAUCAGCAGAGCGCUACAGGAAGACAAAUCCUUGCACGUGGGGACAAUUCAGUUCACUGACAAAAUUGUUGGGUCAUUGCCUGGCUCUGAUCCCAACACCCAGUCAGUGCUGCCUACACUCCUGGCUGGUUUCACAAAGGAUGCUACUUUGAGUCCAGAACUUCCUCUUGGUCAACCCAGGCUCGAGACAGUGGACAGAGAAGGACACAGUCUACCUGGAGCUUUCUCCAUGGACAGUUCUUUGUCCUCACCUGCUAUGGCCUCUACCUCCCUAUCAGAAACUCUACCUUUCUUGGCUGCAUCAAGCAUCUUCUCUCUGACUGAUCAAAGUGCCACAGACAUAAUGUCUAUUGACCAGACACUAACCAUCCCCACUGAUGAUUACUCUGCCAUCAGCCAAUCAGCUCUGGAGAUUUCACAUUUGCCUGCAUCUUCAGAAGACAGCAGGUUGAGCACAGGCAGCCAAGAUAUAGCCCGAGACUUAGAAGAAAUGGACCUAUCUAAUCCUCCUGCCUCCUCUGAAGUACCAGGAUUCAGUGGAUAUGUUUCCACCCCAGACCAUUUCUUGGAGAAUACCACUCCCGGCCCAGCUUUACAGAAUAUCACCGCCAGCUCUGUGACCAUCGCCGCCGAGGGCCAGGAGCUGGUGGUGUUCUUCAGCCUGCAUGUGGCUAACAUGCCCUUCUCGGACGACCUGUUCAACAAGAGCUCUCUGGAGUACCAAGCUCUGGAGCAACGAUUCACACAGCUGCUGGUCCCGUAUCUACGAUCCAAUCUUACAGGAUUUAAGCAACUUGAAAUACUUAACUUCAGAAAUGGGAGUGUGAUUGUGAAUAGCAAAAUGAGGUUUGCUAAGUCGGUGCCCUACAACCUCACCAAGGCCGUGCAGCGGGUCUUGGAGGAUUUCUGUUCUGCUGCAGCCCAACAACUUGAUCUGGAAAUAGACAGCUACUCUCUCAACAUUGAACCAGCUGCCCAAGCAGAUCCCUGCAAACCCCUGGCCUGUGUCGAAUUUGCCCAGUGUGUACAGAACGAGUGGACCGAGGGAACAGAGUGUCGCUGCCGAACUGGGUACGAGAGCCAGGGGGCCCCGGACCACCAGGGGGGCCGGGGCCGCUGUGCCCCCCAAGAGGAAUGUGAGGUCCUCCAGGGAAAGGGCGCUCCGUGCAGCGAGCGUCAGAAUCUCCUGGAGGGCGACUUGCCAAAGCGCACAUGCUGGUUGCUGCCCGGCCCUGUUCCUGGCUCGGUAACCAGGAAAAGAAAUCCUGAAUCACUGACGGUAGGAUAUGAAGAAUUUAACCAUUAAGAUUGGGAAGGAAAUUAAAAACUGAAAAUGUACAUGUUAUCAUUUAAUCUAUCUCAAGAGACAUGGCUUGCUUUCUCAAGGAAAAUUGAAUGCACUAUGUCAAAAUUCUGAAAACGUAGGCAGGCAUAUUCACUGGUUGUCAGAAGCCAGGCCUAGAGACAACACUGAGGUCCAGCACGCACCACAUUUCAAAUAGAGAAGACUGCGCACUGAUGACUGGUACCUUCUGAAGGAAAGGAUGCUUAUUUAUCAAAAUCCAAAACACAACCAGUGAAACAUUUUGGCUAUUCCUGGGUGAUAGCGAAGGAAAUAGUAAACCAGGUUUGCUUCCAGCUGCCCUGAAAAUCUUGCUCAUAGAUCAUUUACAAGUGCAACCUAUUGUUUUUGGGGUGGAAGGUGAACAAUAUAUCAGAAGCAAAGCUCUUCAGAUGUUAGAAUGUACAUAAAAGUUGACUACUUAUGCAAGGAGAUGCAGGUCUCUACAUGCAUGGACAUAUAUAGUAGGUAAACACUGGUGAGGGUAUAUAUGCUCCACACUUCAAUAUUUGUCACACACACACACACACCUUCAGUUCUUAGGCACAUUAAUUUUAUGAGAAACUAGUAGCCCUGUGCAUGGAUCCAUGCGCCAAUAGCUUGCUAGUAGCU